AUGAACGCCAAUGUCGACUACACCGCGGAGCUACGGGAACUUGUUCAAGACGAUAUAAACUUCCCCCGCAAGCUCAAAAAGGAAUACUUCAACGCACACGGUGUCGACUUUCACUAUAUUGUCAAGUGCGAGAUAGACAAUAAACAUGAGCUGGACUACUUAGUGGCGACUCUGGCUGCCAUGGGCCACGGGGGCGCUUAUAUGUGUAUAUGGUUCAUAACCGAUGACAACUUUUGGAUGACAUCCGAAGCACUGCACGACAGGGUAAUGGAAGAGAUCAGAGCAGCUGAGAAACGCCAAGAGGCGCAUUAG